UUGAAGUGUCAAGGUACACUAUUUAAUCAAACUAGACACGCAAAUACCGUUUGUUACGAUAUUCUCCAUACACAAUAGUGUGUAUAAUCUAAGUAGAUUGUGUAUAAGAACUGCAGUUUGUAAGUGUUGUUGUAGUUAGAUAUACCACGCGCGUGUCAUCGAAUAUGAAGGGCAUUCUUAUCAAAAAUGAAAAUCCAGUGACAUAGUUAAACCAAGAAAGAAAAGACUGAAGGGGACUGCCCAUAAAGGGAGCGGGAAGGGGACUACCCAUAAUGGGAGUGGUAAAGGUCUCUUCAAUGCUUCUUGUUACAACCUGCUAUAUAUUUGAAAUGCACGAAUUAAAAAAGAUACUGGCCUGUCGUGACCUCUGACUCGGGAAGAUCGGAGCGAGGAUUAAAAUAAACGUCAACUAUUUACAUGAAUAGUGUCGGCGACCUACAGCACAAUUCAGUGAUGAAAGUUUGUGAAGGAAUAGAACGGACACCAGGAAAUAAAACGCAGUUUGGCAAUCUGUUUUCAAAUCUUUGAAAAACAUUUCAUCUGCGUGGCGCUUAUAGAAGACAGUUAGCCAUGACCCGUCUUCUGUCUAUCGUCAGUGCUCUCUCCAUGGUGGUAAUUGGUGGAUGUAAUGAACAAGAUGUCGUAGACAUACUGUGCGCAUGCUCAAGAAUAAACUUUGCUGGGAUGAACGCUAAUGGUACAAUGUACGAAAUAGAGGCCGAAAUAAAACUUGGAAAUGUUAAGUGUAAAACAACUGCUGAACGUCUGAAAUGGAAACCUAUGGCGUCAGUUUAUGUGAGGAACAGGACAACAACCCUGGGGAGCGGCGCCAUAAAAUGUAGUAUUCGUCAGCCUGACUGCAAGAAGAAAUUAAGUUUUCCAGAUAUUCCCCGAGACGAGGACGUCAUUGUUUUGAUCCAAACGAUAAUCAACGAUUUUGACUUCUGUCGACCCGUUGUAUUGUCAACUUCAACUUCUUCGAUUGAAAACAAUCAAAAGAGCCCCUACAUUACAACACAACGCACCUCUCAAAACAACGCAUCAUCGCCUAAUUCACAACCCACGCUAGCCUACACGGUGUUCCCGGCCUCUACACUUACACUGGCUGUGUGUGUUAUUGCCGUUGGGUUUUGGUGCUGACGAAAAAGGCGGCAACGGAGAGCAAGUAGAAGCAGUACCCACGAACCCUCUAAUCACAGCCUGAUAGAACCUUCCCUAGAGCUUUCAUUUGCUGCAAAGAGAGAUCUUCUUGUAAUAGCAGUGCCAGAAAGUGGAAGCAGAAGAAUGUCGAAUCUUUUAAGUGAAAUACAAACCACACGCAUUGCUAUUUUAUUCAACCCCGAGAAUUCUGAGGAAGACAUUUUCAAAAACAUGGAUCAGUGGAUUGACAAGAGCAUUAAAACAAGCAUGCAUCAACAAAUACUGAUCAUCUUCACCGUGAAUCUAGUUUCAGAGGAAGCAGGCUUUUGUUCCAACCCCUUUGAUGACGUAAGCAGAACUUUCUUUCAACGGAUGAUGUCGUAUCUCAGCCAUGAAGGAUCAGAUAAAAUAUUUUAUGUUUUCUUGGAUCCUCCCAGUGAAAUACUGAAUCAUCUCCCCCCAAAAGCGCUUGUCUUGUCUCAUCAACGUACAUACGAUCUCUCGCAAGAUGAAAACCGUUACAGUCAAACGAGGAGACUGCUGAGUGAUCUACAGUAAUGGAUUUUAACCAUGUGUCAUACCAUUCAAGUACACAACACAGCAACCUAACAGAAAAAUUCACACUUAGAUAUGUGUAAAACAAGACAGUAACUCAUCUUUAAAACUUAAAACAAUUUUAUUGACAGCAUUCAAAAAGCACAACAUAUGGAUUAAAUUAAGGAGUCGCUACUUGAACACGUCUGAUUGCGAACAUGUUGAACUCAAUAAUAGAAUCUACCUAAAAUAAACAGUUGUGCAAUGAAACAAACUGUACAUACAGUAAAACACGCUUAUAGCGAAGUGCUGGGGACAAAUAAUUUUGAAUGGUUAUAAACGUAAUUCAUGAUAUCCAAUAAGAUUAUAACACGUUUUAAAACUACAGGAAAAUCACUUCACUGUAAACAUGUAUUCAUUAUAAGUGUGUUCGCUGUAGUCGUAUUUUACUGUAAACGUGUAUUCAUUAUGAGCGUGUUCAUUGUAACCGUGUUUUACUGUAUACAGUUAUAUGAGCUUGGCAGCAUUAUCCAUGAAGAUGUGUGUAUGUCAUUUAAUGCUGUACACUGGUUAGUUUGAUGUUACUCUAGUGUACACAGUAUUAACAUUCCUGUAAUAAAUUAUCAUCCAGGA